UUUAAUUCUUUAUGCCAGCACUUCACCAUAGUUCCAGGCAGUUCCAACAACACCUUCUAUUUCAAUCACCAAGGGUCAGCUUGGGCAUGCUGCUCCCAAGGUGAGUCAUGCUGCGGAUGAUGCCCUCACCACAGGCAGCUGUUGCACGCCAGCAGCAAGUGUCUCCGUCACCCUGGCCACUAGUGCAUGCAGUGGGGGCAAAGCAGUCUCCUCGGCCGUACUCCCCGACAGAUGAGGUUAGGAUGUCUGACUUUGAGAUCCUUGACGGGGUCGGCGGCCGCUCAUUGGGUAAAGGAUCCUUUGGCGUGGUGCGACGGGUCAGAAGGAAGGGGACUGAUGACGUCUAUGCGCUGAAGACCAUGCAGAAGAUGGAGGUGAUGAGUGGUCAGCUUAUAGAACAGGUGGAGCGGGAGAUCAUGGUGCAACAGAACUUAAAGCACGAGAAUGUACUCCGGCUGUUCAAGCAUUUUGAGGACGAAGACAACGUCUAUUUGCUCCUGGAGUAUUGUGCUAAGGGAGAGCUUUACCAGCUGCUGAGGACUCAGAAGGGACGCAAGUUCAACGAGCAGACCUCAAGGCAUUUCUUUGUGCAGUUGGUGCGGGGGCUGAAGUACCUCCAUUCGCAUCAAAUCGUGCACAGGGACUUGAAGCCAGAGAACUUGUUGAUCACUCACGAUGACGUUUUGAAGAUUGCAGACUUCGGAUGGUGCGCAGCCACCAACGUGCUUCGCACGACAUUUUGUGGAACCAUGGACUACCUCGCCCCUGAAAUGAUCCAGGGAAGUGGUCAUGACCAGACGCUGGAUAUUUGGAGUGUGGGCAUCCUCCUGUAUGAGAUGAUGGUUGGCCGACCGCCCUUCCAGAGUACCAAUCACACAAUGCUGAUUGACAGGAUAUUGAAGAUUGCAAUAUUCUUCCCGCCUGGCUUGCCGCCUUUGGUGGUGGAUCUGGUCCGACGUCUGCUGAAACGGGAGCCAUCGCAACGGCUUCCACUGGACCAAGUCCUGAGGCAUCCUUGGGUUCUCUCCAAAGCCGAGGUGCAAUCCGAGCCCUCACUCACCAAGUCGCAGCAGUUGCCUGCACCGUCAACUCCGCCCUCGAACAGUUCAAAGCACUUGCCAUUGCAACAGAGUGGCCGCGUAGGAUCUUGUGAGCAGGUGCUGCACGUGACCUCUCCGCGGAACAGGGCGUCUGGUGCCGGAGGUGAAGCGACUGGGGAGCGCUCCAGCACUUCCACGCCAGUCUCCUCUGCUGCUGCUCCAGUGCAGGCUAACCUUAUGGCCACACCGAAGAUGCCGCACCGCGCAGCAGUUCGAAAGGUACCAUGGCCCAAUUCGCAGAACCAACCUCAAUCCAACGGAUACCAGAAGCGACACGUGGCAUCGCCCACGGGAACACCAGUCCUCACACGCCGAGGUGUCGCAGUGACGGUGACCAUGGCUGGCACUCCGCCAGGACGGGAAGCUGGUAAAACAAAUGGGCGAGCAAUACGCAGGCCUGAGAGCCCAGAGGCUACUCGCUCUGCGAGCAAAGGGAGAUCCCCAACGUCGACUUCUGUUCCACCUCCCGACACUAGGACUGGACGGACAGAAGUGAAAGCCCCUGUCUAUCAGCCUACAACAAUGGGUAGCCCUGUUCAGUUGCGCACUUUGACAGCUCACCCACCAGCGCGUUCAGUGCGUAUGCCUGGAUCACCACUCACUCCAGUCGCUCGCAGCUUGAGUCCCGUGAGCCAAAGCGUUCGAGUGGUCCAAGGCCAAGGAAUGGGCACUGUGCAGAGUAUAACGUCCGCCCUCUGCCCUCCUGUUCGGGCAUCUCCGACUAUGACAUCGCCCUACCGUGUCAUUUGAGAGGGCACAGUCGAAGGCUGGAGAAGCAAACGGAGGAGGAUCAGGCUUUGCACACUUGCAGCUUCAAACCUGCCACCAAGCUUUGCCUUCUAGGAAAGAGCACAGCCUUGCUUUUGGUGGACGUUUGUUCUUGCAGGGUCCAACUCGACCUAUUCGAAGGAGGAGGGUCUGAUUUAUGUUGGCAACAUGCUGUCCAUGCAAAAGCCAACAGUUUCAGCAAACAAAAAGCAGAGAGCAUGGUAGGCGAGUGCUGACGAAGAACAACUGGACAGCAGCUCGCAGGGCGAGGCGGUUUCACGAAUUAAGAUGAAUCUGCGAAGAUUCGAUUUAUGCUUAAGACAUGUGAUUACGGUUUGGAGCCAUGUGAACUUCAAGCUGACACCGAAGACAGAAAAGAUCGAAA